GAUGAUUGUCGUUGGAGAAGAUGCAGCCUUUUUGGGGAAGACUUGUAAGACGCCAUAGACGCUUGUUUAGUAGAGCUUGUUUUGUGGCUAACGUCUUCUUCCUCUUUGCUCUCUUCUAUACACUUUCUUCCGGUAGUCUUUAUUAUCAUCGAUACCUUCAACGCAACAAUAUCACGAGUCAUUUGGUGGUGACAAGUAGGUUGGUUUCUCUUGUGUCUUCAGGUUGGGGUUUAGAGCAUAUGGUUGAUAUUUCCAGUGCAGCUUUGAAUCUCGAGAGUGUCAUUUCUAUACAGAAGCUGUUGGAGUCUAUCAAUAUGCAUAGGAAUUGGUCAGAAAGAGUCGUCAUAUCUCCCUUUAUGGUAUUAAAGAAACCAGACGUGGAUAAAAUGAAGUCACUCUUGUGCCCCACUGGUCGCAAUUGUACUCUUCAGUUCAAGCCUUUGUUGGACGUUGAACAAGCAGCUGAAAGAUUGAUGUCUUUGUUUUCCAGUGGCUUCAUACAUCCGGAAUUCGGAGGUCAAAUAGGUUUCAACGCACGACACUGGAUUCAAGAACUGAUGGAAGGAGCUUCCGUGAUUGAGAGUUCUUCGUUAAAACAUGCACAUGCUCUAGCACUGAAAUGUUUCUUGGAAGGAAAAGUUUGUUCCUCAGAAUUGGAUCAAGAAAUCAAUGCAAGUUAUGAAUUUCUUUAUUUUGAAACGGAAAUGUCUUUGAUGGAUUGGAUAAGAAAUGGCACUGCUGCCUUUUAUCAAAUUUGGAAAUACUAUCCAUCGGUACUUGGUCUCAAUGAUGAUAAUUUGGGUCCAAGUUUGAUAGAUAUUUGUCGUAAACUUGGUUAUCGUGGUAUUCAUUUGAUUCCAUUCGAUCCUCCGAUGCGAACGAGUAUAUAUCGCAGCAUCGAUCAACGGAUGUCCAUAUUGAACGAUAUCGUAUUGCCAACUACACAAAGUGCUUGUAAACAAUGGUGUUUAGAAAAUGUGGAUAAACUGUACGAUAAUGAAUAUCUGAGUAUACGUAUUCCACCAUCUCUUAUUAUGAGUUCAUCUUCAUCAGAUGGCUCUUGUUUGGAGGAGUUGAUUCGUCUAUUGGAAGAAAAAGAAGAGACCAUUUUUUUGACGAGUUCAGAAUUGCAUCAAAUAUUGAGUGUUGGGUGGUCGAUGGAAAUAUGGGAUGGAUAUUUGGUAUUGAGAAACUUUUUGGAAGAGACGGUUGCGGUCUCCAUUCUCCACAUCGAUAGUUUCAAUUCGGCUUUGAAUGAACGACAGAAACCUAUUCUGGAUAUGCUUUGUGGUCAUCAAAACGUAUCCCAACCACGAGUGAAGCUGAUUGAAAUGAAUACAACGAAUCAACAAGUCAAGUUCGGUUUAGGAAAAGAAAUGUGGAGGAACACUACUAUUUAUGAUUGUCACGACAAGUUACAACUGCAAAGUGGGAAAUCCUAUUUAUUAGUUCCUAUGUACACAUUGAACUAGUUGAAAAUAACUGAAAUAUAUAAACCGCAAUUCAAUUGAUCGAG